CUCCAAAUUCGGACCUAAACCCCUACUUAUUGGUUUUUGCUUCAAUUUCGAAUUACGGCAGUGCUGAACUCCAUUCUCGUUCGGCCGUGGACUUGUUUCUCCAGCUCUCUCUUUCUCCGGCGAAAUCGAGUAAUUCCUGGCAGCUGAACCCGUGAAAGACACAGCAAACCAACGAGAAUCUUCCUAUAGAGAUACGAAAAUGUUGUUUUUUUCAUACUUCAAGGACCUGGUGGGCAGAGAAGUGACAGUGGAACUGAAGAAUGAUUUGGCUAUCCGAGGCACGCUCCAUUCAGUUGAUCAGUAUCUCAACAUUAAGCUCGAAAACACAAAGGUCGUCGAUCAAGACAAGUUCCCUCACAUGCUUUCAGUGAGGAACUGCUUCAUCAGAGGAUCGGUGGUGAGAUAUGUCCAGUUACCUCCCGAGGGAGUUGACAUUGAGCUGCUUCAUGAUGCUACAAGGAGAGAAGCUCGAGGUGGCUGAAAUCUGAACUUCGAAAAUAGAUGUAUUUUUAAAAGAUUUUGAGUGGGUAAAUCAGCAUAUACUGAUUUCUUUUCUCAAUGUUCAAUGUAUUUCUAGAUGCUAUUAUUGCCAUUGUAAGCACUGCUUUUAUUCUUCCUUUUC